AUGCCCGCAAUCAAUUUUGACUUCACCCUCCUCAAACUCGAGGCGGGCAGCGAGUUUAAAGGACUCUACGACUCUCUGUCGCCGAAACGCAUCAAGGAAGCCGAGCAAGGCCAGCACCAUAUUACUGCCCGUCAGCUUGAGGCCCUUUUUGAGGUGGAACUCCCCUCCGUACCGAAUCUCAUCUCCAAGUAUGGUAGAAGAGUUUCAGAAAUUUGCUCAGACCUCAAGACAUCUUCCAAGAGCUUCUCCGAGGUGAGUAUAUUUUCGAGCCAGGCUGGCCCUGAUGGGUUGAGCAUCUGGGCUGGGGCUACAUCAGGCUUUGAGGCUAUUGUAGCCCAUUUGCUUGCCUAUCUCCUUGCAAGAAUUUGGAAAAGUCAUGAGGCGAUUUCACUCUGGGUCGAGAUUGUGGAGAGAAAGAAAUAG